CGAAUAAGAAGAACGUCAAAGGCUACUUCUUUCUCAAGUUAAAAAGCUUUCAAAUAACAGACUGUUCGAUUUCGAAGACUGGCAUUGCGAGAACGACGAUGAGCGAGGCGGAUGAGGCUGUGCGGCGUCGUAAUGCUGUGGCGGACUACCGUAAGAAACUCCUCCAGCACAAAGAACUCGAAUCCCGAGUACGAUCUGUGAGGGAGAAUUUGCGGGCUUCAAAGAAAGAGUUCAACAAAACAGAAGAUGACUUGAAGUCACUUCAAAGUGUUGGGCAAAUCAUUGGGGAAGUUCUCAGGCCUCUUGACAAUGAACGCUUGAUUGUUAAAGCAAGCAGUGGCCCCAGGUAUGUGGUUGGCUGCCGUAGUAAAGUGGAUAAGGAAAAACUGACUGCAGGAACGAGAGUGGUUCUUGAUAUGACAACACUCACUAUCAUGCGGGCUCUUCCACGUGAAGUUGAUCCAGUUGUUUAUAACAUGCUGCAUGAAGACCCUGGUAAUGUUAGCUACUCUGCUGUUGGUGGUUUGUCUGAUCAGAUUAGAGAUUUGAGAGAAUCUAUUGAACUACCUCUCAUGAAUCCUGAGCUCUUCAUUAGAGUUGGCAUCAAACCUCCUAAGGGUGUUCUUCUUUAUGGACCUCCUGGUACUGGCAAGACAUUGUUAGCUAGAGCUAUUGCAAGUAACAUAGACGCAAACUUCUUAAAGGUUGUUUCAAGUGCCAUAAUUGAUAAAUACAUUGGGGAAAGUGCACGGUUGAUACGAGAAAUGUUUGGGUAUGCACGUGAUCACCAGCCCUGCAUCAUUUUUAUGGACGAGAUUGAUGCCAUUGGCGGGCGCCGUUUCAGUGAGGGAACAAGUGCUGACCGUGAAAUUCAAAGAACACUAAUGGAGUUACUUAAUCAGCUCGAUGGAUUUGAUCAGCUUGGGAAGGUUAAAAUGAUAAUGGCAACAAACCGUCCUGAUGUUCUUGAUCCCGCACUUCUUCGCCCAGGACGGCUGGACAGAAAAAUAGAGAUUCCAUUGCCGAAUGAGCAAUCAAGAAUGGAAAUCCUUAAGAUUCAUGCUGCAGGAAUUGCCAAACAUGGUGAAAUUGAUUAUGAAGCUGUUGUAAAGCUUGCAGAGGGCUUUAAUGGGGCUGAUCUUCGAAACGUUUGCACAGAAGCUGGAAUGUCAGCAAUCCGUGCAGAACGUGAUUAUGUCAUCCAUGAAGAUUUCAUGAAGGCUGUGCGGAAACUGAACGAAGCAAAGAAACUCGAAUCUACUGCCCACUACAACACUGAUUUUGGGAAAGACUAGCAUUUCUGUCAUUUCAUUUUCAGAGCCACGGAUGUUUGGGCAGUGCAUCUUUUCAGAGCCAUGGAUGACUUGGGGCAGUGCAUUUUGUUCCUUCCGCCUGGAAAUGUACUACCUAAUAUACAUAUUACAUACAUUGGACAUUCCAGGAAAUGUUCCUUUUUUCCAGUCUGGUAUACGGGCCUUGUCUUGUAUCAUCUAAGCGUGGAAAAUGCUGAACCUGCUUUGAAUGAAGUAUUUUCGUGGCAA